AUGCUAUCGCAGUCGAUCCUGUCAGCUCUAUCCUUCUGUCUCGGCGUUGCAUCAGCUGAAUUGCAUCCGACGGUCUAUUUGAUACGACACGCCGAGAAGCCUGCAGAUCCACGGGACCAUGGUCUAACCCCGGAUGGGAUCAAACGAGCACAGUGUCUGCGACACGUUUUUGGGGCAGGCUCUGGAUAUGACAUCGGAUAUAUUAUGGCACCGCACGUAACACCAGAUGGCGAACAUCGCCGAGCAUUUCAGACUGUUCUGCCCCUCGCUGAUGAUCUCGGCCUCACGAUUGACACACACUGCAAGCGGAACGAUGUUAUAUGCGUGGCGGGGACAGUGAGAUCGUAUGAUGGCCCAGGGAACAUUUUGAUUUCAUGGCGGCAUGGGAAGAUGGAUAAGAUCGAGGAAGAGCUCGGCGCUCUGGAGCCAAUUGAGUAUCCGGAAGAUAGGUACGACCUCAUCUGGACCGAUCCUUGGCCAUAUGGCAAUGUGACGAAUGUCAAAAGCGAGGAAUGCCCUGGACUAGAUGUCCGGCCUGGCCUCGUGGAUCAAGAACGGCUGCGCAGCCAUGCGCAGGCAUUUGACGGCCUGCUGUCUUUGAUCCCCGCCAAAUACUAUUAUGGCGAGGAAGAUACAAGUGAUCAAUGGCAACGCAAGAAACAAACCAAAGAACAAGCCCGCGAAGCGAAGCGAGCAAAGCUGAACCCCGAAGCAAACGCUAAAACCGCCAAGGACGUGAUGGAUGAGAAUGCACGCAAACGAAAGCGGGAGGACGGCACCCUCGAGUCCGACUCAUCAGACGGAGAGUUGGGCACCGAGGCCCCCAGGGAAGGAUUGAACCGCGGGAACGCCAACCUCAAGAAGCAGAAGCAGGUUGAAAAGGCUGAUAAAUCAGACCCUGCGAAGGCGGCAGAGGCUGAGGCACGGAAAAAGCUCAAGGAAGAAAAGAAGGCCCAGAAGAAGGCCGCUCAAAAGGAGAAGAAGAAGGCUAAGGAUGCUGCUCGGAAGGAUAAAUCCCAGGACAAGAAGGCUUCUACGGCUUCAUCUGAAACUUCUGAAAAAUCUGCACCCAAGCCUGACGGCAAUGCGGCCAAAGACACAGAAGAGUCCGAGGAUGAAGAGAAUGACGACGAAGAUGACGGUGUUGUCGAAGAGGGCUUCUCUAUCGAGUUCAACGCUGGACCGGAAGAGCCUUCUUCUGCCUCAUCUACCACAGACUCCCCCAAUUUCGAUGCCUCAAAUCCCGAAUCCGGCAGUUCCUCCAUUUCCUCCAUUGUUCCUCCCUCCACCUCCACCGAAGCCAAAUCCUCUGAGCCCAAACCUCUCAAGCACACACCCGAAGAGCUGAAGCAGCGCUUACAAAAGCGUCUGGAUGAGCUCAGGGCCAAGCGCCAUGCAGAUGGACUCAACGGCAAGCCUGCACGCAACCGCCAAGAGCUCAUUGAAGCCCGCCGACAAAAGGCCGAGCAAAGAAAAGCACACAAAAAGGAGCUGCGUGAAAAGGCCAAGAUUGAGCAAGAGAAGAAAAACGAUGAGGCCAUGGCCCGCCGCUUCUCGCCCGCCGAGUCAGUUGGCUCCGCCAGCAACAACUUCGCUUUCGGCCGCGUCAUGUUCUCAGAUGGCCAGCAGACAGAUGCCAGUGCAACCACCGUGCGCGACAAGCCAAAGGCCCACGGUGCCCGUGACCCGGCUUCCCAGCUCAAGGCCGUUGAAGCCAAAAAGGCCCGCCUUGCAGAGAUGGACCCUGAGAAGCGUGCCGAACUCGAGGAUAAGGACUUGUGGCUGAACGCCAAGAAGCGUGCUCACGGUGAGCGUGUUCGCGACGAUACCUCUCUGCUGAAGAAGGCCCUCAAGCGCAAGGAGACUGCGAAGAGAAAGUCCGAGCGCGAGUGGAGGGACCGCAUCGACACAGUUGCCAGCGCCAAGGAAAAGCGCCAGACCAAGCGUGAUGAGAAUCUCCGCAAGCGCCGGGAUGAGAAGGGCACCAAGGGUGGCAAGAAGAAGUCCAGCUCCAGUGGAAAGAAGAAGUCUCGUCCUGGAUUUGAGGGCAGCUUCAAGGGAGGUGGCAAGAAGAAAUAA